AGAUAAAUUAACAGCUUGAAGAAGUAACAAAAAGUUCAAUAAGUUAGCAUUAAACUACACCUGAAAGUUGUUGCAAGGUUAAGUGAGAGGAACCUUAAAGGGAGCAGCAUUUGUAAAGAAAAGCUAGAAUCAUGAAAAGACCUAACGUAAGAUCAAAUGAAAUUAUGUAGAAGUGUAAAAUUCUUAACUGUUAGUAUCUGAAAAUCAUGCAUUCCUUGCUAGGAAGGCAUUGCAUUAGUGCUUUAGGAAUCCUGAUAAAACGUCACAAACUUCUGUUCAUUGGUAUUAGGGACAGAAUAGAGUGAGUGCUUGAAGAACUGCCUUGACUUACCAAUCUAUCUCUCCACAACUUCCAAUCAUCUCUAGGGCACCUAGCAGAAAUAGUUUCACAGAGCAAAAGUUAUAAUACAGAAUGUGAUGAAAGGAGGAGGCCGACUCUUAAUGACGUCAGGUAUUCCCGGGACCCGCCCACCGUGGGCGUUUUCCACCUACAGCCAGGCGCCUCCGGGGGCGGGGUUUGCUCAGGGUUGACGUCACUACUGAGCGACGGGCGCGUUCCGUUGGCGGUGGAUUCGAAAGUUCUGACCCGGGUUUCUCUGCCUGAAGAAGCGUAAGAGGGACCGGAUUGUUAUCGCUGGCCCAGUGUCCCCGGAGUUUGUGUGCGAUACAGAGAGCACCUCGGAAGCUGAGGCAGCUGGUACUUGACGGAGAGGAUGGCGCUGUCGACCAUAGUCUCCCAGAAGAAGCAGAUAAAGCGGAAGGCUCCCCGUGGCUUUCUAAAGCGAGUCUUUAAGCGACAGAAGCCUCAACUUCGUCUGGAGAAAAGUGGUGACUUACUGGUGAGAUUCCAUCCCUUCUCGGGCUGGGAAUGGGGCACGGGAGAGGUCCAUCUGAACUGCUUACUGUUUGUUCAUCGAUUAGCAGAAGAGUCCAGGACAAAUGCUUGUGAGAGUAAGUGUAGAGUCAUUAACAAGGAGCAUGUACUGGCUGCAGCAAAGGUAAUUCUAAAGAAGAGCAGAGGUUAGAAGUCAAAGAACAUAUUCUUGAAAGUUAUUAUGAUGCCUUCUUUUGGGCGGUAACAGAUCAUAAAGACUUUUUUACACAUCAAUUAAUUUGGGAUUAUUAAAUAUUGGCUAUAAGUGAUGUGUGUGUUCGUAUUUUUUUUCUGGCAUGAAAUAUCUCAAGUAAAUGCAUAGGACUAUUUAACUCUUUUAUGGAAAUUACUAUUGUUUUUAUUUUAAAUGUCCUCUAGUUCAGUUUGCUUUUGUUUUAUUGCUAUUAUAAAUAUUUUAUGUAUCAAAAAUGAAAUCUUAACUAUAUUAAAUACUUUAAAAAUGUACUUCUUAGAAUUACGUUUAUAUAUUUAGAUUUAGCCACAGUUAACUAUGGAAUUUAAUCUCUGAAGAAAGACAAAUACAGUCAAAUCUAGGUGCACUUUCAAUAUUUUAACUUUUAAUGUAUUUGCAAAGCAAAGCAAUCUACUUUUACAUUAUGCCGGUAGUAAUGUUAUAAUUUCUCAACUGGACAAUGAUAAACAUCAGGUAGGUUUUUCAAAACCUCUCUCCCUCCCAAAAUCAAAAUAAUAGACAUUAUGGAGCAAAUGACUUAUUUUCUUCAGGUCUCAUGGAUUUAAUAGAUAAUUUUUUCCCCUAAAUAAGAUAAUUUAGAAAUUUAUUGUAUAUCAUCAAAUAGUUAUUACUUUUAACUUGUUAUUUAGAAAUAAUUAUAGAUUUCAACAUGUAGUUGCAAAGAUAGUACAGAGAAGUCCCAUGUACGGUACACCCAGUUCCCCCAGUGGUUACAUACUACGUGACUAUAGUAUAAUAUCAAAACCAGGAAUUUCAUAUAGGUACAGUGUACAUGUGGUUCUGUUGCCAUUUUAUGGUGUAGAUUUGUUUAACCACUACUGUAAUUAGAAAUGUUUCAUUACCAAAAA